AUGUCAAAAUCACCGCGAAAAGCAGCAGAAGAAGAUCUUUUACUGGCAUCCGAGGUGGUCACUUAUGGUGGGUCUAGUGAAGCCGCACUGGAAGAGCGACUGCAGUCCUCUGAACAAUCAGAACAGGCUCUGGAAGCCUCAAGCAGCUCUCAGAACAAUGGAGAACACAAUGAGAGUAUUCUGUCAAUUCCUGGACUGUUUGGAAUUGAAUCUGCACUAUUUCUGGGUAUUUUUCUGGGUAGUUUCGACGGGACAGUAACUUCGUCGUCUUAUCCGACCAUUGCCAAUGAGUUCAAGGCCGUUGAUCUUGGGUCUAUGAUCACGGUCUCGUACCUUAUUACGGUGUGUUCGUUCCAGAGUCUUUAUGGGUCCUUCUCUGAUGUUUUUGGCAGGAGAUACUGUCUUUUUUUCGCUAAUGUGGUGUUUUUGGUGGGACUUUGUGGGUGCUCAGUAGCAAAGUCCAUGAACUCGCUGUUUCUGUGGAGAGCCAUCACCGGUAUUGGUGGGGCCGGUCUCAUAACUCUCACCACAAUCGUCAAUUCGGAUAUCGUGCCGAGGAGCAAACGUGGUCUUUUCCAGGGAAUCCAGAAUGUAUUUAUGAGUUUGGGAAAUAUUGCUGGAGCUUCGCUGGGAGGCUUCAUCUGUGACCGCUUUGGCUGGAGAUACUGUUUCAUUGUACAGGUCCCGGUAACGAUCCUGGCGACGAUAUUGGCAUAUUUAUUUGUCAAGGAUCAAGAUAUGUCCAGCUACACUGGCCGCAAGCUCGAAAGGGUAGAUAUUUCAGGGUCCUUUCUGUUGGUGAUUGGGCUGGCAGUACAACUGUCUUCGUUGUAUGCAAGCACUUUGUUCAGGUUUGCAAUUGGCUUUGGGGUCAGUGCCUUAGUACUGAGUGCGUUUCUGUAUAACGAAUAUCUUGAUUACGUUAGCCGUGAUAUCCACCACAAAAUCUCGAUCAUUCCAUUCGAGACCCUCAAGGGAGGCUCCAUCAAGCUGCUUCUUACGGCCGCCGGAUUGGCUGGAUUUGUCAAUUUCUCUUACCUUUUCAUUCUUCCGUUGCUAUUCCAGGUUGAGGUUGGAGAUUCGGCAACUAAAGCCGGAUUCAGACUGGCCAUUCCAGCUACUUUCACUGCGGUCGGUUCGUUCAUCAACGGCUACGCAAUGAACAGAAACGUGGACAAUUUGGUUAUUCUUCUUCCUCUUGGUCUGGCAAUUGUCUUGAUUGGUAAUUCUCUUGCACUUCUUAUUGGUCACCAGACUCCAAGCUGGCUUAUUGACCUGUUACUGACACCAACCAACUUGGGUCUUGGUCUGUGCUAUCCGGCUCUUCUCUUCAGUUUCGUCUUCCAGUUCCCUCAGAAUAUGCAUGCGACAUCCACCACAACCUUGUUUCUGUUUCGAAGCAUAGGACAGGUUUGGGGAGUGGCUGCGUCGUCGAGUGUGAUCUCAAACGUUCUCAAGAUCCAUGCUACCAAGGCCUUGAAAAAUUUGGGUGGCCUUUCUCUGGAAGAAGUCAAGACGAUCGUUCAGAACUCGCUCAAAUCGCUGAGUUAUGUCAACGAGAGUCUACACGGUGAAGUGAAAGUUGCGGUAAAGGAAAGUUACAGCUAUGCCAUUAGAGCAGCCCAGCUGUUUACGGUGGUGGUAUGUGCAGUUGCAUUGGCUGUGUGUUUUAUUCGUCUGAUUAUGAAAAGGACAAAUCCUGCAAUCAGAUUCUAG